AUGAAUUUUAAUCAUAAUUAUUAUGAAAAUACCAACUUAAAUAUUACUAUUAGAGAAAAUACUGAUUCCUUAGAAUGCAAUAAACUAUCUCAACUGUUGUUUUAUCUCACUGGUACUAGUAAAACUACACUUACUGGAAAUGCAGCUGUGAAUGUAAGUGAAAGUACUAUAUAUUCUACUUGUAGAUUCAGUUUUAAUGAAGGAAGUAAUUAUUCUAAAUUGUCAAAUGAAUCUCUAUGUUAG